UGACGUUUGUAUGUCAGACUUCCUGUCAAGCAAAAAGUCCUGGAGAAGGAGAAUUAUGAAUUUCUUGAACUUGUGUUAUUAAUUAUAUCUUGCGCCUAACUAUUUUAACAAUUACGUUCAUAUUUACAACAAUUUAAAGAUGCCGUCUAAGCAAAGAAAGAUUGCUAUGAUGGGAUACCGGUCCGUGGGUAAAUCAUCCUUAAUUAUACAGUUUGUAGAAGGUCAGUUUGUUGACUCCUACGAUCCUACAAUUGAAAACACAUUCACAAAGUUUAUCCGGCUGAAUUCAACUGAAUAUGAAGUAAAGCUUGUGGACACUGCUGGACAAGAUGAAUACAGUAUAUUCCCUCUUCAAUACAGUAUGGACUUUCAUGGUUAUGUACUAGUGUACUCCAUCACAUCAAGUAAAAGUUUUCAAAUAGUACAAAUUAUUUAUGAUAAACUAUUGGACAUGGUUGGAAAAAUACAUGUCCCCAUCGUUUUAGUUGGUAACAAAACAGAUCUUCAUCUAGAAAGAAAAAUUAGUACAGAGGAAGGCAAGAGACUUGCCGAGAAGUGGAAGGCUGCAUUUGUGGAGACCAGUGCUAAGAGGAAUGAGUCGGUAACUGAUAUGUUCCAUGCUAUAUUACUAGAGAUUGAGAGAUCAGAUGGACAUAUACCAGACAAGAAUGGGUGCGUUGUUUCUUAAUGAAAAGUUAUGAUUUAUGAACAAAGUGCUUUUUACUUAAGCUGAAGUGAUUUAAAUGUAGUGUUUGUAUGUGCACCGCAAGCUAAUUGUCGCGAUAAAACUCGAUUUUUGUAAUUAUUUUUAUAUGUAUUAUAUAUUUCUGAAUGGUUAGUAGGAGUGGUUUCAGACUAGUGGAUUGCCUGCUUGGUUUCUUAAAUCUCUGUUGCAAUAGUUUCAACUUAAUUAAAUGAAACCACUGUUAACUUAAACUGUAUGAGCUGCCUAGGACAAAAGAAUAAUUCUGUUUUGAAUGUGUCACCUUUAUAAGUAAACAUCGAAGUUCACAUAGCUAAUAUUUAAAAUUGUUUUGGCAGGAAUAGUCUAAUUUAGAGCUAAUAGCUACACCUUUAUUUAAAACACUAUCAUUAAUACAGUACAAAAACUUGUUUAUACAAACUAGUAUAAUUUUAUAUUUAUAAUUUCUUUCUACAUAUAUUAAUUACAAAAAAAAAAGGAAAGCCAUACUGGAUAUUAGUUAUUACUACAGCCUGGCAAGCUCGUUAAAAACACUCCCAUGGUUCACGCGGUAGCAGAACAUUAGGUAAUUACAGUUGACAGGACUGUCAGUGGUGGGUUAUAACCAUGUGCCUAAUUUUAUUGUUCCUUGUUAAAUUAAAUUUUACAAAAUGCGAAAAUUAUUCCCAACUACUCUUCCAACGUUUUUUAUUCAAAAUAAUAUCCUCAUAUUAUUACAAUAAAACAUGAGGAUGUUUUUGAUAGUAGGGCAGAAAGAAAUAAAGUUAUGUAUGAAAUGUUUGCUCCAAGCUUUAUUGAGUUACCCCUGGGUGUUCGGUACGUGGACCAUGUGAGUGAUUGCCAGGCUGUAGAUGAUUCUUCGUAAAUACACAUAAUUAACUAAACAUAAGAUAUGGUGGAAAGCUGCUUUCUGUUCUUUAAUUAUGUAACAAUAUGCUGAAAUAAUAUUGUUAUUGUUCAUCAUUAUUUCCAGCACUUUGAAACUUAUUAAAUAUUUCGUCUUGUGCUAUUAUUGUAGUUGAAUACAUAUAUAGAUUAGAUUAAUUUUAUUUAUCUGUAUCAUACUGGUGUUGUUCAGCAAAGGUUCAUUGAUGUAAUGUUUGGCGUCUUGAAUUCAAAUAGUUUUAAUGAACGUAUUUAUAACUACAUACUUAUGUUAUGCCUACUUAGUUGUUUAUAUGUUCAUAAUAAUGUAAAAUUUUAUUAUUUUUGUAAGGGUAUAAAGUACAUAAAAUUAUGUUAUUGUAUGUUUGUAUAUAAAACUGAAUUCUUUUUUGGAAUCAUUGAAGAAUUUAUAAAUCUAUAUACUAUACUAUGUUCUGAGACCAAAGCAAAUUCGAUUGUCGCAUUGCAUCGAAAUAAAAACGCUCUUAUUCGUGUUCUAAUUCAACAAAUACAAAAUUGAUUGACUGAUGUGUAGUGUUCAGGUUGUGCCACUUACCUGCAGGAUACCAUUUGCGUACUUAAUUGUUUGUCAAUGAACAGUGGGACAUUGUAUCCGUCAUAAAAUAUAUGAAGUUUGGUGGUCUGUGGUCACGCUUGUAAGAAGUAAAGUACUUCUUAUUACACAGUUCGCUUAACACUAGAACUAGUCUGGUUCAUCUAUUAGUGACAAUUAUUUUUAUCUCGAACAAUACCUAUUUCUCUUGAUGGUGUUAAGUCAAUAAGAACGCAGUAUCUUUGUAUUUUUCAAGAUUUGUUAUGCCAAUUUCGUUCUUGUACAAUCGUAUGCAAAAGCUUUCUAAACAGAGGAGCCCAUAGUCGUUUUGCUUCAUAUGGCACCGAAACACUUAGGCAAAACUGACUGAUUUCGGUUUCUACUCCAUUGUAAACAUUUUAAUAAGUGGAAAUUAUACUUACGCAUUCAACUAUUAACCGAAUUCUGUAAAAAAGCUUAUUACACUUUCAAAAUUAAAGGUAGUUCAAUCAAUAAUCAACAACUUUUGAUUGUAUAAUUUAAGGUCCAGACUCCACCAAAGCAGAGCGGAGCUGACAAGUUCUCAAAAAAUCGAAAGAUUUUCUCCGCUCAGGAAUAUAAGACGUUUGGAUAACGAAAUUCUAUUGGUUGUUUAAAAACUUCUCCGUCGCCCACCGCUUUGGUGGACGCUGGGCCUGACUAGUAUUUGAUCAUAACACCUAGUGUUUGAUUUACAAAGAAUGUAAAAGACACGAUAACAUUGAACCAUUUUAUUAUUGUAAAAAUGUAAAAAAUAUAGAUAUUGUAAUUUAUGUUUUGUGGGAUUGCAUUUAGUACUCUGUCACUAUAUUUUUAGAGGCUCGAGUUAUAAGCGUUAGAAUAUUUGUAUACUAUAAUAUGGUAUGUAAACGUGUAUUCUGCUUAUGCGUUAUAAUCUUGCAAGAGCUCAGUACGUGAGAAAAUCAUAUGCUUCAAUGUAGUGGGCAAUGUGGGCAUAUUAAUUAUUAUUAUACGAGAUCGCGCUACGUCUUCUCGCUUCACCGCACUUGGCUGCGGUCCCUGAUGCUUCGAUACGGGUGACGGCUACAAACUAGGAGAACCUUUACCUUGUAUAAAGCUUAGAUUACGUCUUCUACACAAUCCAUAAAUGUUUCUAGUAUCAUCAUAUUCGUAGCUGACUGCUGAGUCAUAGCCUCAUGACAAUUUGUUCGGAUUCAUACUUGUAUGUAAUUAAGUUAUGGGAGAUUACAAUUUUAAGAUAAU